CAAGGCCGAGCAAAAGCAGUUGCGCGAAGAAAGCUUUCAAAAUCUCGAGCUAAUUAACCACUGCCGACGGGCACAAUCCAAGCAAAAAUGUCGAUCAUGAGGAGGAGCAACAUCUACGACCCCUUCUCCCUCGACGUCUGGGAUCCUUUCCAGGGCUUCCUUGCCGAGCCCCGUCCCGGCGUUGUCAGCGAGACCUCCGCCUUCGCCAACGCUCGCAUCGACUGGAAGGAGACCCCGGAGGCCCACAUCUUCAAAGCCGACCUCCCCGGGGUUAAGAAAGAGGAGGUGAAGGUGGAGGUAGAGGAGGGCAGAAUCCUCAAGCUCAGCGGCGAGCGCAGCAAGGAGAAAGAGGAAAAGAACGACAAGUGGCACCGGGUCGAGAGGAGCUGCGGCAAAUUCCUGCGGCGGUUCCGGCUGCCGGAGAACGCCAAGGUGGAGCAGGUGAAAGCAUGCAUGGAGAACGGGGUCUUAACGGUGACCGUGCCCAAAGAGGAGGUGAAGAAGCCGGAGGUGAAAUCCAUUGAGAUCUCUGGCUGAAGUGAGAAAAUUAAGCAGGGUCUGAAGCGAUGGAGAUAUAUUAUCCUGGAAUAAGGCCAUGGAGAUCUCCGGCUGGCAUGCUGUUAAGUGUGUGCGCUUCCUGUUUUUGUUUGCUUUGCAAGGGUCGGUCACCGGUGUAUAAUUAGUGGGUCCAUGAAGUAAGCUUGCCUUUUCAAUGUAACGGGAAUAAUCUGUGCUUUCUGAAUAUUAUCCUUGAUUUGAAGGCUUUUUCUGAUGAUUUAAUAU